UCAAGAAAAUAGCAGAACAUGUCAUGUAUUUGUGUUGCUGUUGUGUAAAACAAAAGGUCUACUAAAAUAAGUCUUACUUUGUAUGGCAGAGAAAAGAGUACUUAUGUGAACUUGGGUUAUGGACAGUCUGAUUUGCAACUUUUGUCAUUCCUUUUUAACAAGCCAGGUGAUCAACAUACUACAUACACAAAAUGCAACAGUUCCAUAUACCUAGUUGUAUUAUUUUUGUCUCUUUGUUUUAUUGUUAGUACACAGGUAAUUAAAGUUUACGUUUGUCAUAUGUGCAUGUAUGAACUAAAAUUUAAUCUUGUAAACCCUGGACAUGCCAGUAACAAUAUUUAUUUGUCUGUUUUUAAAGUUUAUCUUUAUUUAAAGUAUAUUCAAAGUAAUGUAUAUCUGUGUUUUUCUGUAGAUUUACAAGAAAGUCACAACUUCUCACAAUCUUCAGUAGCUCAGACCUUGCUUCAGUGCAGUCCUGAUCUUAAGAGACAAACAAAAAAUCACCCUGGGGAAAAACGUCAUUGCUGUACUGAAUGUGGCAAACGAUUCAUUGGUUUAAGCCAUCUAAAUCGACAUAUAAGAAUUCACACUGGAGAGAAACCUUAUUGCUGCUUUGAAUGUGGCAAACGAUUUUCACAAAUUAGCCACCUUCAGAGCCAUGCAGUAAUUCACACUGGGGAAAAACCGCAUUGCUGUUCUGAUUGUGACAGAAAAUACUUACACAGGAGCAGCCUGAAAAAACAUUUAAAGCUUCACACAGGAGAAAAACCUUAUUGUUGUUCUGAAUGUGGCUAUCGAUUUUCAAACAGUAGUAGUCUCCAGAAACACAUUAGAAUUCAUACUGGAGAGAAACCUCAUUCCUGUUCUGAGUGUGGAAAACAAUUUUCACAAAUAAGUGAUCUUCAGAGCCAUACUAGAAUUCACACUGGAGAGAGGCCAUAUUGCUGUUCUGAAUGUGGUAAACUGUUCUCGCACGUAAGCAGUCUUUUGAAACACACAAGAAUUCACACAGGGGAGAAGCCAUAUUGCUGCACAGUAUGUGGCAAACUGUUCUCGGACAGUAGCAGUCUUGGUAAACACAUAAGGAUACACACUGGAGAGAAGCCCUAUUGUUGCUCUGAAUGUGGCAAACGAUUCUCACAAGUCCGCUAUCUUCUGAGCCACUCAUUAAUUCACACUGGUGAGAAACCUCAUUGUUGUUCAAAAUGUGGCAAACGCUUCUCGCAGCGAAGCCAUCUUCAGAGCCACACAAGAACUCACACUGGUGAAAAACCAUACAGCUGUUCUGAAUGCGGCAAACAUUUCUCUAGCAGAAGCAGUCUUGCUAAACAUAUAAGAAUUCAUACUGGAGAGAAACCUCAUUGCUGUUCUGAAUGUGGCAAAACAUUCUCACAAAUAGGUCAUCUUCAGAAACACGUAAGAAUUCAUACUAAAGAGCAGCAAAAUAAAAGACUGUUGAAAAAAGAAGAAACUGAGAUGUACCGGCAGGAUACUAGUCCGAGGGAAAUGACGGAAGGACAAGACCUCAACACAGUACUCCAGGGGAUGAACGCCCAAAUCCUUGCCCUGCAGCAAUCGCAAGCCGCUACCACCAGGGAGUUGGAGCAAACGACGGCCCAGUUGGCAGAAGCUUGGAGGGGACCCGCGCAGCGUGCUUAUUACGAUCUCCGUAAGGAGGAGGCCGCGAGUUACGACCUCCUUAAACAGGAGAUACUGGCACGUUAUGGCAUUACGCCGGGCCAGCAGGCGGGCGAAUGGCGAAGCUGGCAAUUUGACCUAGAGAAGCCGGCCCGAGCGCAGGCCGUUCGACUUCUGGGGAAAGAUGGGGCGGUGGCUACGGCCCGAGGGUCCCCAAGCCAGGAAGAGAUCAAUAACGCAGCUGCCAUUUCCAGUAAUGCUUGGAACAAGAUGGAGGAAAUCUGUCAGAUGGUCCAUGGCCCUCUAGAAGUGGCAUUAAAACGUGAAGAGGGGGCCUCAGGGGAUAGAGGAAAUAAGGAGGUAGAGAAUUGCCUACCAGAUGGGGACCCACUUUUCUUGUGUUCUGUGGAAAAAAAAACAGUUUCAAUUAAGGAAGAGGAAUGUGAGUGGGAAUCUGUGCACCAUGAACAGGAGCAUCUCUGCAUUAAGGAGGAGGAGGAUUGUGAAUGGAGAACAGUGGUGAUUAAAGAAGACUUGGAGCACAACUCUGACCUUCAAAAACAUGAAGUAGUAAACUGCAUCAAGGAGGAAACUCUUAAAUCAGAAUCUUUCUCGUGGUAUGUGUGUCCAGAUGGAGAAGUAACGGGAGCAGGCACUGGUCAGAGUGGACUCCUGUCUGCACAGAGACAACCUAUUCAUGUAAAGUCUGAAUUUCUGGAGUGUGAUGCACAAGAGACUGAGAAAGCAUCUUCUCAAAGUCAGUGUGACGGAGAUUUCCAAGGGGACAGAAGCUGUUCUGUGUUCUUAAUUAAUCAGGUCUCACUUCAGGGUAGCUCUGAGCAUAAUCAACUAGGUGAAGCACAGAGACUUCAAACUGGAACAAAGUCUCAUUGUUGCACUGUAUGUGGCAAGCAAUUCCCACACAAGAAUCGCCUUCAGGUACAUGUAAGAAUCCACACUGGAGAAAAGCCAUAUUCCUGCACAGAAUGUGGCAAAAGGUUUAUACAAAAAAGUGGCCUUGAAGCUCAUAAGAGAGUUCACACUGGAGAGAAGCCGUAUUGCUGUAUGGAAUGUGGCAAACGAUUUCCACGGAAAUACUCUUUUCUGGAGCACAAGAAAGUUCACACGGGAGAGAAGCCAUAUUGCUGCCUGGAAUGUGGCAAGCUUUUCUCAUGCACAGGGUCACUUGAGAAACACAAAAGAAUUCAUACUGGAGAGAAGCCAUACAACUGCUCAGAAUGUGGCAAACAAUUCAGACACUCAAGUGCACUUCAGAAACACAAGAGAAUUCACACUGGAGAGAAGCCGUAUUCUUGUACAGAGUGUGGGAAACGAUUUAGAGAAGCAAGUACUCUGCAGCAACAUAAGAGAAUUCACACUGGAGAGAAACCAUAUAGCUGUGUAGAUUGUGGCAGACAAUUCAGACACUCAAGUGGUCUUCAGUUACACCGGAGAAUUCACACAGGAGAGAAGCCAUAUUGCUGUACUCACUGUGGCAAGCAGUUUAUACAAUCGGGUGCUCUUCAACGGCACGAGAGAACUCAUGCUACAGAAUUUAACUUAUUGACGACACGUACAAACAGUCCUCCUCACAACACAUCGAUCGACGGUCUUGAAGUUACACUGCACGGCAUCAGCAGAGGUUGGACCAAUACGUUGUUUUUCGGAAAUAAAAGAGUGACACUCCGGGAGGAGGACAUGACUGCCGAAAAACCGAGUCGCAUCUUUCAGGUCCAUAUAGUGAACUUGUCGAUGCACAAGAUGGAGGAGAUGUGCCAGGCUGACCAGGGAGCUCAAGAGGUACAAUUUAAAUGUGAAGGGGAGGACUCCGAAGAGAAGAGCAACGAUGAGGAAGGGGAGUAUUGCAGAUUAGACAAGAACUUGCACUGUAUUUAUGAAAAUAAGAUUGUACGCGUUAAAGAAGAGAAUCGUGAAUGGGAGUCUGUCCUCCAUAAACAGGAAAACCUCAGCACUGAGGAGAGAGAAUGCAAAUGGAGAGCUAUUGACAUUAAAGAAGAAGAUUAUGACCAGAUGUCGGAUAGUGAUAUGCAGAAAGAUGAAAGUCUGAAUAUAAUUAAGGAAGAAGACUUUAAAGCAGAGUCCAUCUCUCAGUGUAUUUGUCCAGAUGAAGGGAGAGCUGGAUUAGACUCAACUCAGACUGGACCCUGCUCUCUGAUGGAGCAUUCGUUUGGUCCAAAGUCUGAGUCAUUACAGUCUGACAGGAAGAUGGCUGAGAAGACACCACAUUUGAGUAAUCCUGAAGAAGCAGAUUUCCAAGUCGACGGCUGUUCUGUGCCUUCAUUUAAUCCUGCCCCACCUCAGGGCAAAGCUCGACAUAAACCACAGCAGCAGCAGCAGGAGGAACAACUAAGACUUCCUACUGGUGAAAAAAUUUACUGCUGUAUGGACUGUGGAAAGCAAUUCACACACACGAGUAAUUUUCGCAAGCACAAAAGAAUUCACACUGGAGAGAAGCCAUAUUGUUGUACAGAAUGCGGAAAGCAGUUCACACAGUCGGGUGCUCUUCGGGAACACGAAAGAAUUCACACUGGAGAAAAGCCAUAUUGUUGUACGGAAUGUGGCAAGCUGUUUACACACAUGAGCAGUCUUCGGAAACACAAUCGAAUUCACACUGGGGAGACCCCAUACUGCUGUACAGAAUGUGGCAAGCAGUUCACCCAUUUAAGUGCUCUUCAGAAUCACAAGAGCGUUCACACCGGAGAGAAGCCAUACUGCUGUAUGGAAUGUGGAAAACAAUUCAACCACUCGCGUAGUCUUCUGGAACACAAUAGAAUUCACACUGGAGAAAAGCCGUUUUCCUGUACGGCCUGUGGCAAGCAGUUCACACACAUAAGUAAUCUUCGAAAGCACAACAGAAUUCACACGGGAGAAAAGCCAUACAGCUGUACGGCAUGCGGCAAGCAAUUUGCCUGCAAGAGUUCCCUUCAAAAACACGAAAGAAUUCAUACUGGAGAGAAGCCGUACUGCUGUACAGAAUGCGGAAAGCAAUUCACACAAUCGAGUGCUCUUCAGGCACAUGAGAGAAUUCACACUGGAGAAAAGCCUUACUACUGUACAGAAUGUGGCAAACAGUUUACACAGUCAAGUGGUCUUCAAAGUCACAAAAGAAUUCAUGCUGGGAAACGUGCAUUAGGCAAAAAAUUAAGGGAGCUGGAUACUGUGCAGUGGUCAACUGAAGACAAAGAAGAGAUUGUGUAUUGCUGUCCUGGCACAGAUACACUAUACCAGACAGACUUUGAAGGCACACUUCAUAAAGAUUAAUGGACAGUAAGGAAAUUCUGAGCACUUGAGACAUUUUAAAUCCUUAUAGACUCUAAACAAAUAAAAAAAAAAAAAAAAGAUGGUACAAACCCGAAUUUAGUGAUUAAUAAGAAAUACGCCUGGCAAAAUACCCAAGUGACUGCACUUUAAGAAUGGAGACCCAAAAAACAAAUCACAAAAUGCAAAGACCUACAAUUUGAAAUAAGCCAGCUGUGGAAUAAAACAGCUGAAAAAUAUCCAGUCCUGCCUUUUGCUGUCAUGCUGUAGGAGCUCCGGUGAGAGACGUUAGGGCGUGAUGCUCCCCCAGUUUAGAGCCUUUACAGUAAACGGAAGAAAAGCACUACAAAAAAAAAUGUCACGACUUGCAAGCAGUGUUCACUCCUUUCAUGGCCAAACACAAGAAAACUAAACGGAUACAAGAACAUCUGAGAGAAUAAUACCGAAGUCAUCGGGCAACAUUUCUGGUAGAAGGCAUGCUGACAUGUCGAGUAAGGCAAGCGAUUUGCAAAAAUGUGUUUCUGUUUAGAGAAAUGAGAGAACUGGCAAGUCAUCCUCCCAAGGGGACAAGUCCAGAAAUUCAUUUUUUGGUAAAAAAAAAACUAUUUGCACUAUUUCUCUAUUGCAUUAAAUCAACUCUGCACUUUCUUAAGCUAAUAGGCUUACAAGACCAACAUCCCCUCUGAAAACAAGACCUUUCUCAAAUGUGCAAAGCUACAGACUUGUAAAGAAUUCUAAGUGUACAUAAUGUGAGGAUCACUUAAAUUAGCCAGUUGACAGCCCCAGGCAUAGCCGUGCAUGUUACAAAGAUCCUACUCAGCCAAUGUCCUUAGGAGUGUUUGUUAACCUUGGAUAUGUGGUGCAGAGUGCAGUCUGUAGAGCUUUGUAGUUCUUUUUAUCAUGGGUAGGUGUAUUGUCAUGCAGUCAAAGGAAAAAUGUGACGUCUGUACUUCUAUUCAUGAAGUCAUCUCUGACAUGCACAUAUCUGCCUCCUGAAGACUGUGUAUGAUCUGUCGGACAGGUGUUUGGGGCUUUUCCUUUACUAUAGUGAGGAUUCGUCUGUCAUUAACUUUGGAGGUCUUCCUUGGCCUACCAGUCCCUUUGUGAUUAUAGAGCUCACCAGUGUGUUCUUUCUUCUUAAUGAUAUUCCAGACAGUUGAUUUUGGUCAUCCUAAAGUUUUACUAAUGUCUCUGGUGGUUCUACUCCUGUUUUCCAGCCUCAAAAUGGCUUCUUUGACUUUCUCUGGAACAGCUCUGGUCCUUGUGUUGAACAAUGGCAGCUACAGACACCAAAGGGUAGAAACAGGCUGAGGUAUCUUAUGAAGCAAUGAACCCGACCUGAAGAAUCACAAGCACCUUUGACACCAAACAUCCCCAACAUUAUGGUGCCCUGAAAUGGGGGACUGUGUAUAAAGUGCUGUCAUUUCUACAUGUUGUGACCAAAAUGUAUACAAAUACCCUUAACUUAAAAGUCUGUAUUGUGCACUUUAA